AUACAUUUCCUUGAGGCUGUUUAAGAAGUCCAGCUACGUCAGUUCCCACAUUCCAUGGAAUCAAUGCUUCUAUAUGUCUUUAAAAUCUAGUUUAAAGCCUUCAUGUGUGACUGCACUUGGACUGUCUGGUGUUCAUUGCUAUUCCUCAAGAUCAAAGACUGCCAAAUCAAAGAUGUCAAGCCCUGUUUCUGUUUCGGAUUCGGAUAAAGAGAAAGACGCCUUUUUCGUUGUUCGGAAGGGUGAUAUUAUUGGAAUUUAUAAAGAUUUCAUUGAUUGUCAAGCUCAAGUUGGAUCUUCGGUAUAUGAUCUUCCAGUUAGCGUUUAUAAGGGUAAGGGAUACUCGUUGCUUAAAGACAAGACGGAGGAGUAUCUUUCUAGUGUUGGGCUGAAGAAACCACUCUAUGUUUUUAGAGCUUCAGACUUAAAAGAAGAUAUGUUUGGAGCUCUUACACCUUGUCUUUUCCAGGAUCAACUUCCUUCAGCUUCCAUGUCAGUUGUUAAUCCUUUGGAAAAGCUUGCUAAGCAGAAGCCAUCUGCUGAUACCUCAUAUGAAACUUGCAUUAUUGAGUUUGAUGGUGCAUCAAAAGGAAAUCCCGGUCUUGCUGGCGCUGCAGCUGUACUGAAAACUGAGGACGGAAGCUUGAUUUGUAAAAUGCGGCAAGGUUUAGGAAUUGCCACAAACAAUGCAGCAGAAUAUCAUGGAUUAAUCCUAGGUUUGAAGCAUGCUAUUGAGAAAGGUUACCCGAAAAUUAAAGUGAAAACUGACUCCAAGCUAGUCUGUAUGCAGAUGAAAGGUCAAUGGAAGGUAAACCACGAGGUACUCUCGAAGCUCCACAAGGAAGCAAAACAACUUAGCGACGAAUGUCUCUCUUUUGAGAUCAGUCAAGUACUAAGGAAUUUAAACUCUGAUGCGGAUGAACAGGCAAAUAUGGCUGCUCGUCUUUCUGAAGGAGAAGUUGAAGUGGCUUAAAGGAUAUUAUCGGUGAACUAAUAUAGAGAGCUUUGGUUUUUCUUGUCCAUGCUAGUAUGCUACAUCUAAACCUGAAUCCCCUUAUCUAACAGUGUGAGUGGUGUCUCUAAAGAACACGUGCAGCGAUUCCUCUUCAUCGAAGGUCUCGGCUUAUACCAUCAGGGAUCAACCACUAUGUAAAUCUUUGGUUUUUUCUUAAAUAAUAAUAGGAAUCAUCUGUUGGGAAAUGUAGGAACAUGACUGUGGUUGCUUAAAUCAAUGUAGAAAUGGAAU